GCGGUUGUUUCCAGUUUAUUCUCGUCUCCAGCGGUGCCUUUUUUCCUCCUAAAGGACAAAUAAUCUGAAUGGGGAAAAUUUUUCUAUGAUGGUGAAAUUUUACCAAAUAUGAUCAUAAAAAACACAAAUACCGGAAAUCUGUGCCUCAUCCUGACACACAGGCCUGUGAUGAGUGCAGAUUCCUGACUGACCAUGUGCGCUGUUAGGUAACAUAACGGCGCACAGAGGAGCCACUGCUGAGCCCCUGCCCCUCCCAAAGACAAACAGGAUCUGAACUUUGGGGUCAUGGACUCGCUUUCCAUAGCGAGAAGAGACAAUUCUUGAGUGUUAUUAGCGGAAGCGGUUAAUAAUAGCUGACAAGAAAGCCAAAUUGUUCUCUUGGUGGAGCCUUGUUCUUACACAUGAAGCCAGGAGAGAGACUCGCAAUCCUCUGAUAAACAAUGAUUCCCAUCACGGAGCUGCGGUACUUUGUGGAUACUCAGCCUGCGUACCGCAUUUUGAAGCCAUGGUGGGACGUAUUCACAGACUAUCUGUCUGUCGUGAUGCUGAUGAUCGCAGUGUUUGGAGGAACCUUGCAAGUCACCCAGGACAAGAUGAUCUGCCUACCUUGCAAAUGGGUGGUAAAUGAAACCUGUCGGAAGUAUUUCGAGGCUGCCUUUGAGCCCCAGGGAAUCCGUUACGACCUUGACAGACACCAGUACAACUACGUCGAUGCCGUAUGCUAUGAAAACAAGCUUCACUGGUUCGCUAAGUAUUUCCCAUAUUUGGUGCUGCUGCACACACUGAUCUUCCUGGCCUGCAGUAACUUUUGGUUCAAGUUUCCUUGGACCAGUUCCAAACUGGAACAUUUUGUCUCUAUUCUUUUGAAAUGUUUUGAUUCUCCAUGGACCACACGAGCAUUGUCUGAGACAGUGGUUGAGGAAAGUGAUCCUAAAGCUCUAGGGAAAAUGAACGGCUCAAUCGACAAAAAGGCAUCGUAUGUGAGCGAAGAUGUGGAAGCCAGUGUUUCCAUGCUGUCCACCACUAAGUCUCGUUUUGAGCAGGGGAUUGUCGACCACUCUGAAAAUGGAGUGCUGGACAAAAAGGAGGGCGAGCAGGCUAAGGCGCUGUUUGAAAAGGUUAAAAAGUUUAGGCUUCAUGUCGAGGAAGGAGACAUCGUCUACAGGCUUUACAUCCGACAAACAAUUAUCAAAGUUGUUAAAUUUAUCCUUAUCAUCUGCUACACUGGUUAUUAUGUCCGCAAUAUUCAGUUCAGCGUUGAUUGCAGUGUGGAUAUUGAGAAUCUUACUGGUUACCAGAUGUUUAACUGUGCCCAUCCACUUGCCACACUUUUCAAAAUCUUGGCAUGCUUCUACAUUAGUCUUGUUGUUGUUUAUGGUAUGAUCUGCAUGUACACGCUCAGCUGGAUGCUCCGACGUUCCCUUAAGAAAUACUCUUUUGAGUCGAUCAGAGAAGAGAGCAGCUACAGUGACAUUCCAGACGUGAAGAAUGACUUUGCCUUCAUGCUGCACAUGAUCGACCAGUAUGAUCCCCUUUACUCAAAGCGCUUUGCUGUCUUCCUUUCAGAAGUCAGCGAAAACAAACUUCGACAGCUUAACCUCAACAACGAGUGGACCCUGGACAAGCUUCGACAGAGAAUCACAAAGAACUCUCAAGAUAAGUUAGAGCUGCACCUGUUUAUGCUUAGUGGAAUCCCAGAUACGGUCUUCGACUUGCUGGAGCUGGAAGUUCUUAAGUUGGAGCUUAUCCCCGAUGUCACCAUCCCCCCCAUUAUUGCGCAGCUCAUAAAUCUGAGAGAGAUGUGGUUGUACCACACCCCGGCUAAAAUAGAAGCACCAGCACUUGCAUUUUUAAGAGAAAACCUGAAAUCCUUGCACAUAAAAUUUACUGACAUAAAGGAAAUACCUCUGUGGAUCUACAGUUUAAAGAACCUGACUGAGCUGCAGCUUACAGGGAACCUUAGUGCCGACAACAAUCGCUACAUUGUGAUUGACGGGCUACGAGAGCUGAAAGGUCUCAAGGUUCUUAGACUGAAGAGCAACCUAACCAAACUGCCACAGGUUGUCACCGAUGUCGGAAUGCACCUGCAAAAGCUCUCCAUCAACAACGAGGGCACCAAACUUAUGGUCCUUAAUAGCUUGAAGAAGAUGGUGAAUCUCACAGAGCUAGAGCUCAUACGCUGCGACCUGGAGCGCAUCCCUCAUUCCAUCUUUAGCCUGCACAACCUGCAGGAGAUCGAUCUGAAGGACAACAACCUGAAGACCAUCGAGGAGAUUAUCAGCUUUCAGCAUCUUCAUCGACUCGUAUGCCUGAAACUGUGGUACAACAAGAUCGCCUACAUCCCCAUCCAAAUAGGCACUUUGACCAACCUGGAGCGACUCUACCUGAACCGGAACAAGAUAGAGAAAAUCCCAAGUCAGCUGUUUUUCUGCCGUAAGCUGAGGUAUCUUGAUUUAAGUUACAACAAUCUAUCGAACAUCCCAGCUGACAUCGGAUGUCUUCAGAAUCUUCAGUAUUUUGCUGUCACUGCCAAUAGGAUAGAGAAGCUUCCUCCUGAGCUGUUCCAGUGUAAGAAGCUGCGCACACUGAACCUGGGGAAUAACUACCUGCAGUCUUUGCCUUCUCGUUUCGGCGAGCUGAUCAACCUGACGCAGCUGGAGCUCAGAGGGAACGGGCUUGAGUGUCUCCCUGUAGAGCUGGGAGAGUGUAAACUGCUGAAGCGCAGCGGUCUGAUUGUCGAGGAGGCCAUUUUCAAUACCCUUCCCACCGAGGUCAAAGAGCAGCUCUGGAGGGCUGAAAAAGAAGCGGCGUGAAAGCAGAACAUUCAUGAAACAUCCUGUUGUAUUUAAAUUCAGAGCUGUAUUAGAGCGGUUCAGGACAAGAACUUAAACAGCAGUUAUUAAUAACCAGUGGUGGAAAGAGUACAAAGCACACUGACUUGUGUAAAAGUACUGUGACUCUAGUAAUAAUUCACUGGAGGAAAUGUAAAAUAGUCAUCAAGAAAUUAAUUCAAAAAUGUUCUUAGGAUAAUUAAACAAGUGAGCGAUCCUAAAGGGAACACAAUUUGAUUAUUAACAGUAAGGUAUAUAAAGAAAGCAGCUAAAUGCUGAGCUGCCAAAGUUCAUUGCUCACUUAUGUUAUGGUAAAUUUGCCUCUUACACAUUUUUUAGUGUUACUGUCGCUAUAGGCCUGAGGUUUCACACUCAAAUUCUGUCUUGACCACUUCAGCAUUGUGUGCAUCUUUCAAGAGCCUUUUUUUUGUUUGUUUUUUUACACCAUAUUACCAAUUCUGUUAAUUAACAACAGCAACAACCUAGGCCCUGAAAUUAGAAUAGGGUAAAUGUAAAAAAAAAAUAAGGGCUAACUAAAACUAUUCCGCUGUAUGCACUAUUAUAUUCUGAUAUCACGCAUAGAGUCUUAUCUACAAUAUGUUAAGAACAUAGUCCUUAGUCUUCUUUUUAAGUCAGCUUUUAUUUAAUUUUUUUAUUAACUUAUUUUUUUGUUGCUGCAUAUCUGUAGGUCUUUAAUUGGGUAAUACAUUUCGAUUCUUAACAUCUGACACAGAUAGAAAUUUCACACGAAUCAGAUAAAAUUUGCACCUACUACCAGUUCAUUGGUCUUUUUGGGGUUAAGCUAAAUAUCUUUUUAUUAUCUUUUUAUUCUGUUAUGACUUUAAUAUAACAGCAAAGAUGAAGAAUAAUAUGAAAAUAACUACAAAUAAAAUAACUGAGUUAAUUAUACUAAAGUGAGUACUCUUUACAGUAAACCAUGUACUCAAGUACUGUAAUGAGAGUACAUUUGGUGUGUUACUUUCCACCCCUGGUUAAUAGCAUGAAGAAAACAAUAUGUGGCAUUAAGCAGACUGCUGUGAAGCAAAGCUGGAAGCAAUGAAAGCACCGAGCUCUUUUGGCUUUUCUGUGUCUGGAUUCAGAAUAAUUAGAGGCAAGGAAAAAAAGAACAGUGCAGCUUGUCUUGAUUCUCUGUGGUGGUGAUAUUUCAUUGAAAAUGAGUGCACACUUACACCUUUGGUGAAUGAAUAUGUCAUGAGCACUUUAUGGUCCUGAUUGUGAACAAUAAUUACACUUUUAUUAUCUUUGGAGGUCUGCUUAAAAAUAUAAAUCUGAAGUCAAG